AUGUCACUUCUAGAUAUCGAUGCUUUGAAUAUCCGUGCCGUAUACAGUAAGAGCAUGAUCGGAGAUAUCCUCACUGAUAUGAAGAGGGUCGGGGAUCUUGCUAUUAAUAGUGAAAUGUGGAAGGAAUUGGUUGAAGAUAGUUUCAUGCGUGGUAAGAAGAAAAUAGAACCAAAGGUGAUGUUUGCAACAGUGCCACGGUGUUUGGUAUCAUCGCUCAGGUUUGUGGAAAUGAAAGGUUCGAUCUCAGGCUAUGAAGGAGAGAUGGAGCUAAUAAGAUACUUCCUGAAGAACUCAACAAUCCUGGAGAAACUAAAGCUUCAUCUUUACUAUACGACGGCAAAGGAAAAAUUUGCCUUCCUUACAGAACUCGUUGCAAUGCCAAGAUGCUGUAGCGCUUGUGAACUCAUCUGUCAAUCCUCGAGAUUAAAACCACUGCCUAAGUUUGGUUAUAUGUCCCGUCUGCAUAUCAACCUCAGGCUAUCCGGUUUAAAUCGGUUACAAAAUUUUCUCAAGAGCUUCCCAAACUUGAAAUCUCUCAUCUUGGUGAUGAUAUAUUCCACGCAUGGCAUGGUCAUUUUAAAAAGUCAUCAAAUCAAUUUUUCAUCUGUGCCAGAUUGUUUGCUAUCGUCUCUAGAGUUUGUUGAUUUCGAAGUUGCGAUUUGGGGACUUGCUGGAGAAAUGAAGCUAGCAAGGUACUUCUUAGAAAAGUCGGCAAUCCUCAAAAAAACUCACUCUCCGUUUGAAUCAUAA